AUGUAUUUUUGUUCCGCCAAGGGGUAUGAUAAUGAUGAUGGUGUUGCUGCUGUUGCUGAUGAUAAUGGUGAUGAAGGCGAUAACGAGGAGGAGGAGGAUGAUUCAACUUUUGAGAUGUCUUCUAACCGAUACUUGUCUUCAAAGAAUCGUCUUUUUGAACGUUUGCAACAACUUGACGAUAUUUUAUACUUGCCUGAUACUACGAAAGAUACAGUCAGGUUCGUUAAACGGGAAUUCAAAUUCCUGGAUAUUUUUCUCAGCUUGCAGAGCUACACAGAUGAAUGUCCCAACAUGCUAGAUGUCGUUCAGAAAGUCCAAGCUCUGUUUGAAGAUGCUCUAUUUGACUUUUCUGAAUUACACCUAGCCGAGUACUUUGAUCUUUGUCCCUUUAUUGUACAAAACAAGAUUUGGUUGAUUAAGAUGGAAAUUAGAGCCAAAUACUCCUUUCCUAAAAUAUCAUCCUUACCAUUUUCAGCCAACAAGGAUGGUAUUGCUGCAAUUCUCAAUUUUUUUACUAAAUUCAUCGAUACUGUGGUAGAGAAUCUUUGUGAUCUAGUUGAUGAUUCUUGUUCACUUGUUUAUGUUCCGGAAAACAAGGAACAUACUGAAGAUGUUUUAAAGGAAUUGAAAUUGGUGCAAUAUUUCGUUUGCUUUGUUUCAGAACCUCAGAGCCAAUAUCAUGUUAGUUUCUUCGCUCAUGUUUUAGCUGUGGUUGGUCAUGCAUCAAUGCUUGCCUGGUUGUAUCUUUCAGGCCGUGAUGUGGUUGUUCUAGAAUAUCCACGUAAGAACUUGUUAUUGGUCAUUCUAUGUGAUGUUAUCGGUAAGGACUCUAAAAGUAGAGAAAGCUGCGGUGAUCAUGAACUAGCUGAUGAGCUUCGUAGAGUUUUACUCUCCAAAAGAUAUCUCGUCCUUCUUGAUGACGUGUGGGAAGCUAGUGCUUGGGAUGAUCUAAUAGGUUGUUUUCAAGAUACCAAUAAUGGAAGUAGAAUCAUUGUAACAACGCGAAAUAAUGAGGUUGCCAAUUAUGCUAGAUUUCGAAGUGAUCCCCUUUCGCUUCGUAUGUUUAGCGAUGAUGAAAGUUGGGAGUUACUUCGAAAGAAGGUGUUUGGUGAAGAAAGAUGCUCCCCUCUCUUAAAUAAUAUUGGGCAACGAAUUGCAAAAAAGAGUGGUCGGUUACCUCUUUCAGUUGCUUUGGUGGCUGGUAUUCUUGCAGAUACAGAGAAGAAAGAAGAAUGUUGGGAACAAGUGGCCAAUAAUUUAGUUCCCCACAUUCACGGCGAUUCAAGGGCCAUUAUAGAACAUAGGUAUGGGAUUUUACCCUACCAUAUAAACCUCUGCUUUCUUUACUUUGGAGCAGUCUUAGAGGACAGUGUGAUUAACGUUUUGAAAUUGACACGCAUGUGGAUCUCCGAAUGA